AGGAGCUCCCUCCAGGCUCUAUUUAGAGCCGGGUAGGGGAUCGCAGCGGCCAGACACCUCAGCGCUACCUGGCGGAACUGGAUUUCUCUCCCACCUGCAGCUUAAGCCUGACUGCCGGCCUGCCCUGCCUGCCACGGCCGGACUCCGCCACUCCGGUAGCCUCAUGGCUGCAACCUGUGAGAUUAGCAACAUUUUUAGCAACUACUUCAGUGCGAUGUACAGCUCAGAGGACUCCACCCUGGCCUCUGUUCCCCCUGCUGCCACCUUUGGGGCCGAUGACUUGGUACUGACCCUGAGCAACCCCCAGAUGUCAUUGGAGGGUACAGAGAAGGCCAGCUGGUUGGGGGAACAGCCCCAGUUCUGGUCGAAGACGCAGGUUCUGGACUGGAUCAGCUACCAAGUGGAGAAGAACAAGUACGACGCUAGCGCCAUUGACUUCUCACGGUGUGACAUGGACGGGGCCACCCUUUGCAAUUGUGCCCUUGAGGAGCUGCGUCUGGUCUUUGGGCCUCUGGGGGACCAACUCCAUGCCCAGCUGCGAGACCUCACUUCCAGCUCUUCUGAUGAGCUCAGUUGGAUCAUUGAGCUGCUGGAGAAGGAUGGCAUGGCCUUCCAGGAGGCCCUAGACCCAGGGCCCUUUGACCAGGGCAGCCCCUUUGCCCAGGAGCUGCUGGACGACGGUCAGCAAGCCAGCCCCUACCACCCUGGCAGCUGUGGUGCAGGAGCCCCCUCCCCCGGCAGCUCUGACGUCUCCACCGCAGGGACUGGUGCUUCUCGGAGCUCCCACUCCUCAGACUCCGGUGGAAGUGACGUGGACCUGGAUCCCACUGACGGCAAGCUCUUCCCCAGCGAUGGUUUUCCUGACUGCAAGAAGGGGGAUCCCAAGCACGGGAAGCGGAAACGAGGCCGGCCCCGAAAGCUGAGCAAAGAGUAUUGGGACUGUCUCGAGGGCAAAAAGAGCAAGCACGCGCCCAGAGGCACCCACCUGUGGGAGUUCAUCCGGGACAUCCUCAUCCACCCGGAGCUCAACGAGGGUCUCAUGAAGUGGGAGAAUCGGCACGAAGGCGUCUUCAAGUUCCUGCGCUCCGAGGCUGUGGCCCAACUGUGGGGCCAAAAGAAAAAGAACAGCAACAUGACCUACGAGAAGCUGAGCCGGGCCAUGAGGUACUACUACAAACGGGAGAUCCUGGAACGGGUGGAUGGCCGGCGACUCGUCUACAAGUUUGGCAAAAACUCAAGCGGCUGGAAGGAGGAAGAGGUUCUCCAGAGUCGGAACUGAGGGUUGGAACUAUACCCGGGACCAAACUCACGGACCACUCGAGGCCUGCAAACCUUCCUGGGAGGACAGGCAGGCCAGAUGGCCCCUCCACUGGGGAAUGCUCCCAGCUGUGCUGUGGAGAAAAGCUGACGUUUUGGUGUAUUGUCAGCCAUCGUCCUGGGACUCGGAGACUAUGGCCUCACCUCCCCACCCUCCUCUUGGAAUUACAAGCCCUGGGGUUUGAAGCUGACUCUAGCUGCAAGUGUGUCUCCUUUUAUCUGGUGCCUCCUCAAACCCAGUCUCAGACACUAAAUGCAGACAACACCUUCCUCCUGUAGACACCUGGACUGAGCCAAGGAGGCCUGGGGAGGCCCUAGAGGAGCACCGUGAUGGAGACGACAGAGCAGGGGCUCCAGCACCUUCUUUCUGGACUGGCGUUCACCUCCCUGCUCAGUGCUUGGGCUCCACGGGCAGGGGUCAGAGCACUCCCUAAUUUAUGUGCUAUAAAUAUGUCAGAUGUACAUAGAGAUCUAUUUUUUCUAAAACAUUCCCCUCCCCACUCCUCUCCCACAGAGUGCUGGACUGUUCCAGGCCCUCCAGUGGGCUGAUGCUGGGACCCUCAGGAUGGGGCUCCCGGCUCCUUUCUCCUGUGAAUGGAGGCAGAGACCUCCAGUAAAGUGCCUUCUGGGCUUUUUCUAACCUUUGUCUUAGCUACCUGUGUACUGAAAUUUGGGCCUUUGGAUCGAAUAUGGUCAAGAAGUUGGAGGGGAGGAGAAUGAAGGUCUACCAGGCUGAGGGUGAGGGCAAAGGCUGACGAAGAGGGGAGUUACAGAUUUCCUGUAGCAGGUGUGGGCUUACAGACACAUGGACUGGGCUGAGAGGUGAGCAAAGGAAGCAGGUGAGACUGUUGGAGAACGCUUACAAGACUUCAUGCAAGCAACGACAUGAACUCAGAAAGCUGAGGUCAGAAGCAUCCUGCUGUCAUGACACCGCUCUAGUGACCUUAACCUUGACCAAGUCUGUCCUGUUUAGGACUGAUUCUUCCUAUAAGGCUAGGGUCUGGACCUGAUGUUCUCAAGAUGUCUAGAAUUGCAUGGCCGGCCUUGUGGAAUAGAUGGUUUUGCAUUCCAGCCAAGUGUGCUGUAAACUGUAUAUCUGUAAUAUGAAUCCCAGCUUUUGAGUCUGACAAAAUCAGAGUUAGGAUCUUGUAAAGGAAAAAAAACAAAACAAAACAAAAUGGAGAUGAGUACUUGCUGAGAAAGAAUGAGAGAAGGAGUUGGCA